UAAUAUGUGCCUCAUGAGCGCGCACAGGAGUCUGCAGUAGGAUUAUCGGAGAGAAUUAUCGCUCAUCAUCACCUUGUGUUUUCUCAUUGACAAACGCGGGCGAGUGUGUGUGCGUGCAUGAGUGUGUGCGUGAGUGCGUGUGCGGGUCUGUUGAAGCCAACUUUGAUAUAUUGAAGGAUGAUAUAUCUUGGAUAUUUCCUCUUUCUUUUUACUGGGCUCACGCGUGUCAUGGCAAGCUACCCAAUAUGGUGGUCUCUAGCGGUGGGCCACCAGUACUCUUCUCUGGGUACCCAGCCCAUCCUGUGCAGCUCCAUACCUGGCCUGGUGCCCAAACAGCUACGCUUCUGCCGCAACUAUGUGGAAAUCAUGCCCAGCGUGGCAGAGGGUGUGAAGAUCGGCAUUCAAGAGUGCCAGCACCAAUUCCGUGGCCGCAGAUGGAACUGCACGACAAUCAAUGACAACCUGGCCAUCUUCGGACCAGUGCUGGACAAAGCCACUAGAGAAUCAGCAUUUGUCCAUGCAAUUGCCUCCGCUGGAGUAGCAUUCGCUGUGACUCGUGCUUGCGCUGAGGGAUCGGCCAACAUCUGCGGCUGUGACGUGCGGCGGAAAGGUCCACCGGGCGAGGGCUGGAAGUGGGGUGGCUGCAGUGAAGACGUGGAGUUUGGCAGCAUGGUGUCACGAGAGUUUGCUGAUGCUCGUGAGAACCGACCAGAUGCGCGCUCUGCUAUGAACCGCCACAACAACGAAGCUGGACGUGUGUCAAUCACUGAUCACAUGUACCUAAAGUGUAAGUGUCAUGGCCUCUCAGGCAGCUGUGAAGUGAAAACCUGCUGGUGGUCGCAGCCUGACUUUCGGGUGAUAGGCGACUACAUGAAGGACAAGUACGACAGCGCAUCAGAAAUGGUGGUGGAGAAACAUCGGGAGUCUAGAGGCUGGGUCGAGACAUUACGACCAAAGUACACCUUCUUCAAGCCCCCAACCGAAACGGACCUUGUCUACUAUGAAACCUCGCCUAACUUCUGUGAACCCAAUUCAGAAACCGGUUCCUUUGGCACUCGUGACCGUGUCUGCAACCUGACUUCACAUGGUAUCGAUGGCUGCGACUUGCUCUGUUGUGGCCGAGGCCACAACACCCGAACUGAGAAACGCAAGGAGAAAUGCCACUGUAUUUUCCACUGGUGCUGCUAUGUGAGCUGCCAGGAGUGUACGCGAGUUUAUGAUGUCCACACCUGCAAGUAAGUUGCUGUGGCUAAGGAGCCACCAAACCAAAACGAGGUUGGACCAGACAUUUGGGGUUGCGAACACCCGAGAGCCUUUGCCGAAACUUGUGGACUGGCUGAAAGGAGUUUUUUGUGGGUUUUGUGGUAAGACAACCACUGAAUGGGGAUGUGGAUAGUGAAGUGAUUUUAGAAUGUUAGUCUUCGAUAAGAAUGCUGUGUUUACAGACAAAAACAAAGACCCAUAAAGGCUUCGAUUUCUAUUGUUGGUACCCAACACACUUUGAAACGGGCCUGUUGUGCAGUUCUGGAAAGGGACUAAGCUUUUCCAGAGUCUGUUAUGGGAAGGGUUAAGGGCUGGAUCAGAUUCCUUAAGUGUUAGGCCCUUGCGACCUAGACCAAUUGUUUCUCCAAGAAAAGAACAGAAAAUGGGAGAGGUUUUGUCGGCAUGUGGCAGCAAACUCUUCUUAGACUGGGAAGAACUCCACAAGAGGUGCAGCACAAACUGAAUGCCAGGGUUUGCCCACAAGUGCCUCUAAAAUAUGGUAACAGUAACAUUAUUAGCAAUAGCCUUACUACUAACACCAUUAAAGAAGCUAUGUGUAUUAUUUUUAAUGCAAAGUGCAUUCCAGCAUACCUGAAUAUUGGCAAACACUGAAAACAACUUGCAGUUUCCAAAACAACUUAACUUCCAUAUACUUCAUGUUGUCGCUGUGUGUAAAACCAAACAUACGAACAAAUGUAUUCGGUUGAGUUUAUUGUAAGUUACUAACAUUAGGUUAUCAAUGCACUUCUACCUGAGUGAAUAUCCAUACAUUGCUUAUAUAACAUUGUUUUCUUUAUCUUACUUUAAAAUACUUUCGAAAAGAACCUGAAUGAAUGAACUUAACUAAACAGUUAAACUCGGACAACAUCUGGUUAAAUGUAUUGAUGCGGAUACUGUAAUGCACCAUUAACUAUUCAUUAUUAUUUUCCCCGAAGAGCAAUAAUCUAUUGAGCUUAAACAAACAGACAAUUGUUACAAAAGUAAAAAUCUCAGCACAUCUGUCUUCAAAUGGAGCGGGAUGUUCAUUUACUUUAUUUGUGUGACAGUAUUAUUCAUAUUUGACAGACAUAGAGGUCCAUGACAUUUCACAAUGAACAUUCAAGAAAAUUGUGCCUUUAUUCUGUAGCUGAAACACAAGCAGGGUCCAAAAUUAACACUCGCCGAGCACCAAAUUUAAGUACAAAUUGGCUUUCGCAAGUCAAUAAAACCAGCUGGCCAGCAAAUAAAAAAAAAGACUAAAAAAAUUAAUCCAUGGCUUAAAUGGGAUUGUAAAAGUCUGACCAUUGUUUUGUUUUUUCCAUGAACAUAUCAAUUAGAUUCAAACAGUAUAAAACCAGCAUAUAUUCAGCUAGGAAACCAAAAGGUUUUGCUUUUAUUUUCACAACUCCAGAACUUAACAAAUUAACAUCAUUAGUUUCUUUUGAAAGUUCAUGUACCCUGAAAUCAACCCAAUACUGCAGAAUUAAUGACAAAUAGCAUUACCAAUCAAAUGAUUUUUGCAUAAUUUCUUCUGUGGUCACCUUUCCCUAUAGUACUGCUGAGCAACCUCUGAGACACAGGAAGAAAACACGUGGAAACCAGGAAGAAAACAUGUUCACAUAAACAAUGGUGAGCACAAUUCGGAGGUUGCAUUUUUGCUUUAAAAUUUAAUUUUUACUCCAGGUUAGGUUUAGGGUUGGGGUUUGGGGGUAGAAUUAAUAAAAAAUGUAUUCCUGUUGACCGUAUUGCAUCAUUCACAAUUAAAAAUACAACUCCCUUUUGGUGCCAUUUCACCCGGAAACUAAAGCUAACAUGUGCCCAUUCGUUCAACAACAUAUCCAGCAUCGGCCACUUGUGAUUUAAAGUUCAGUAACCACAGAUCGAUUUCAGCAGCAGAACUCUCAACCUACUGUCACCGAAUUAAUAGUGUGAUUAGUCUGAACUUACAGACUGAUCUCACGGUGAAAUCGGAAACAGUAGAUUGACUUUUCUUUAGCUGAAAUCGUCUGUGCUUACCAAAAUGCAAAUCUCUGCCCCAGUGGCAAAAAUGUUGAUGGGUGUAUAGGCAUGUGUAAAGCGAGUUGUUUUCAGCUGUACAGGCUGUAAUACAGUGAUGAGGAAUGCAUAUUGUAUAAACUGUACCCCCCAACCCAAACUCCAGACUUAAACCUAAACAUCAGUGGAGUAAAAAUGUAGUGUUAGAGGGAAAAAUGUAACCUCCGAAUCGUGCUCGUUACUGACUAUGCAAAUGCGUUUACUUCCCGGUCUCAAUGCGGUACGGGAACCUGGGACUCCCACGAUGCUAAGGCAAUGCGCUUCCGGGUAAACACGAUUGAGCCGAUGCAAAAAUGUCUGAUGGGACAUCUGGCUGACUAUUUUUCAUAGCGGUUAAAAAUCUAUGUCGGCAAUUUCUCAAUUCACCAGUUUUUGAAAACUUCUUUUUUUCUUUUUUGGUAAGAACUUCAUUUUGGACCCUGACUACAAGAGUUUUGUUUAAGCUCUGACAAAAAAAUCUCUUCCUCUAUUCUCAGUUUUUAUUUGCAAUACUAAUAAUGACUCACAAGUUUUUUUUUUUAAAACUGUUAUUAUAUGUGAAUCCAUGCCACAAAUGAAUUAUGUGUUCUGUAAACGUUCCCAACGCAGUUGUACCUGAAAGUCAGCAGCAGUGUAGAAAUGACAAUGAACUACCCUCAUUUAUAUGCUGCUAACUAAUAACUGUUUUGUCGUUCUAUUUAUGCGUGAUUAUGUGCUUGUGCAUUUGUGUUUCUCUGUGUCAUCUACAUAUGUCUUGAUGUUUGUGUGUAAAUGUGUCUUUAUAUGUGCAUGAAUCUUUGUUUUCUUCUUUCUAUGAAAGACACUGUGUAAGCAUAGUUAAAAACUAAAAUGUGAAGUUUUCUACUAAUGGAAUUUUGAUAAAAAGUUUGUAAUCGUUAACCAAAUAGAGAUAUUGUAACACAUGUGUGUGUCCUGUUAAACAAUAGCUUAUAAAAAAUGAAAUGUAAGAAAAUUAUUUUGAGAUGCAUUGCAUAAGGGGCUAUUAAAAGCCACACUGUAUUUGGACAAAUCAAAAGAGCAUUGAAAAGUACAAAGCCAGCCAACUUUCUGAUGAACACUGGGAUACCUGUGAUCCUUAUGUCCAUGCAGAAUUACGAUAUUAUGAUCUCCAAAAUAUUUCUACCUAGCUAACAUGUGCUGCAGUACAUUAAAAGGAUAGUAUUGCAGGAAAUGUGAGAAGGCAGAGUGAAACUCCAGCUUGUUUCUUGUAGCAGAUCUUUCCCUCAAAGAAAUUAAUUCAUGUUUCCUCUUGCCCAUCUCACACUGUUUUAAUCUCUCAUCAAUCAUGGAUCAUUUCAAAGCACAUGCCCCUUUCAACAUUCAACAAAACUCUGUUUAUUUAACAUAAUGAUCCGCCGCUAACUACAAAAUCAAUACUUCUUUUUUUUUUUUUUACACGUACAGCAGUGCAUCUACGCAUACAUUUCUGUUCGCUUCCACAAUACAGUUUGGUUUGUUUUCUAAACAUGGUCUUCAGUUCCAAAGUUUUGUAUAGACUAGUUUCUGUGUUUUCUAAAGUCUGAGGAUUUUUUAUGAUUAUUUAUUUUACUGUAAUGUACAUAUAUUAGUAAGAGUAUAUAUAUGCUGACAAAAGAUUAUCACUUGUGAGGAAAAUGUUGUUGUGUUGUAACAGUUUUACCUCAGUGUCUGUUGUUGCUGUUUUUGUUAACUGACCACAUAGGAUGCACUGUAUGUCCUGCUAGCUGUUAGUUAUACUAGCUGUUAAUUUCAUAACCAAAUAAAAUAAAAUACAAACACUCA